GACUAAAGGCGGAAAACUGACAGAAUAUGCUGGAUCUGAGAACAAUCAGAAAGGUGUACGUCCUCCUGCCACUUUUCCAAGCCGCAGUGUCGAGUGAGUGGUCAGCUGACACACCAUCACAUGUGACAGCACAGAGAGGCUUGUGUGCCCGGAUUCCAUGCCGCUACCGUUAUCCAUCAAGUGUUGUUAAGACGUCAUGGACUGGUAUCUGGUAUAACAGUGACAAAGCAAACUCCAAACAUAUAGCCUUUCACUCCAGCGAUCACAGUCAGGAGAUACAGAAGUUUCAUUCUCGGACCCGUCUGUCUGGAGACUUGAAAGACGGUGACUGUUCCCUGGUUAUAGACAACAUCACACAGGAAGAUGAAGGAUUGUACUGUUUCAGGAUUGAAUUUGACGGAUGGAAUAAAUACAGCUAUCUCCCUGCUACGCGGCUCAGUGUUGAUGAUUUCACAGAUAAACCCAUGAUAUUUGCUGCUGAACUUGUUGAAGGAAAGUCUGUGAACAUAACCUGCAUCUUCAACACCACGUGUGAUGGAACGUCACCCACCUUAACCUGGGUCACCCCCACUGAUGUACCACCAUCAGUUUCAAGCAGUGUAAUUCGGUGGAACGACACUCUGACAUAUACUUCUGUCCUGACCAUGACCCCAGCACUCAAGCACCACGGGCAAAGUCUCACCUGCAGAGUCAGAUACCCAUCUGUUUCAUCGGAGCAGACCAUCACACUAACUGUGCAGUAUGCCCCACAGAAUAUUUCAAUCACUUCUAACAACGUGAACAUUUCCUGGGUGAGUAUGAAGGAAGGGAUUCCUACAUCGAUCCUCUGCUCAGUCCAGAGCUUCCCAGAGUCUAAUCUAACGUGGAGACAUCUGAAUGUCACACUGACCACAACAAGUUCUAGCAAAGAACUGUGGCUGGAGUUUCCUCAGGUGACACCCCAGCAGGCCGGAGUCUAUGAGUGUGUGGCGGAGAAUGAACACGGGACAGUGGAGAGGGCCAUCACCCUCAGUGUGGAGUAUGAGCCUGAAAUUUCUCCGGACUCAGGAUGCACUCGGACCCUCAAGGUCAUCUCAUGUGUGUGCUUGGCCAAAUCUAACCCACCCGGACAGCUCACGUGGCAUCUCCCCCUCGCCAACCUCAGGGGGAACCAGACGCACGGUCGUUUCCAGACGUGGCAGGUGGAAGACGGGCAACAGGUGACUGGCUCGCUGACCUUGGGUGUGGGCGUGGGAGAGGAGGAUGUGACCGCCUUCUGUACCGUCCGAAACCAGCAUGGAGAGGUCAUGUUCAUGGUGUCCCUGUGGAUGAAAGGUGGGGUCUCUGCUCUUUGGAUCGCAGUGUUACUCACGAGCAGUGUCAUUCUCAAUAUGUUGCUGGCUGCAUUCUUCAUCUACAAUUACAUCCAGAAACAGGAUGCACGGACCAAGGAGAGGGCCUUGGAGAUCCUGGAUACCACUGUCAACUCCAGUGCACACUUGACAACACCUCAGGACUUGGAGAGGCAGAGGAGGAGGCAGAUGUCACAGGAAGUUACAACAGUAAUGUCCGUUGGAGAGGCGGAGGAGUGUGGCCCGGUGUACGCCAGCCUGCGGGAGCUGCCCGGCGGUAGAGGUCCUGUUCGCAGGGGGGAGACGGUCAUAUACGCAGCGUUGCACUUCCAGUCAGUCGGCCAGCCUGAGGGGACACAGCGCUAG